UCAAUACUUCAACAACACUAGAUGGCAUUUCUCCAAGUUAUAAAAACAAAGAAAUUCAGAGAUAUAUAUUCAGUGCCAGACAAAAAUAUUAGAAAAGGUACACUAAUUUCGCGUAGCUUACUUUAAUCUUCAAGAUGUCUGAAAUAAAGUCAUUGGAGCACUCAACUCUAAAAGUUCCAUAUGAGAUCAUUAACAAAAAAUUUCGUGUUGCACAAAAAACCAUCGAUAGAGAAGUUGAUCAAAUACAAAAUAUUUCCAGAGAUGUCGAAAAAGCGUUGACAAUACAUCCAACGGUUUCGGACGUUAGCAAGAUGGUUGGAAAUGUGGUUCAGCGACUUCAAGUUUUGAAACGCAAGUCAGAGGAGAGCAUUAAUGAGGAAUUGAAUGCAGCCUUUGUGUGCAAAAAGAAAUUGGGACACCUUAAAGGCAUAGCUCAGCCGGAAACAAGUUCUGAUAUGGAAAUAUGGCAUGCUUCAAUUGAUCAAUGGAAACGGAUGCGAAUGGAUCGUAUGGUGAUAGAACAUCUUCUAAGAUUGGGUUACUAUGAAACGGCCAACAGACUGUCAAACCAUUCUGAUAUAAGACAUCUAACGAAUUUGGAUAUUUUCCACACUUCGCGUGAAGUUGAAGAAGACCUAUUAAGUUUCAAAACUACUAAAUGCAUUUUAUGGUGUAUGGAUAAUAAAUCCAAGCUAAGAAGAAUUAAUUCAAACAUAGAGUUUAACCUACGGGUACAGGAAUUUGUUGAACUUGUGCGUAAAGAUUUAAGAACUGAGGCUGUAAUACAUGCUAGAAAGCAUUUUCCGGCUUUCGAAAAAACUCAAAUUAAAGAAAUUUGCGAAUGUAUGGCUCUGUUGGCAUACCAGCCUAAUACAACUAUUGAACCGUACAGAAGCCUAUUCGAUUAUAGUCGUUGGAAGGAUUUGGUAUUAAAAUUCCGCAAUGAAAAUUAUCGUUUAUUCCAGAUAUCUUCGCAAUCAUUACUCAGCAUUGCAGUGCAGGCCGGGCUAUCAUCUUUAAAGACUCCCCAAUGUUUCUCAACAAACUGUAAAAAUUUAAAUUGUCCCGUAUGUCAAGAAGACUUUAAUAAGAUCGCUACAAAUUUGCCAUAUUCUCACUGCGUGCAAAGUCGUCUAAUUUGCAGAAUAACGGGACUUCCGCUAAACGAGCAUAAUUUACCAAUGAUGUUACCAAACGGACAAAUCUUUGGACAGCUGGCUAUACCGGAAAUUACCAAGGAAAAUGGUGUCGUUAUAUGUCCAAUUACAAACACUAAAUUCUCUACUCCAAAGAUCGAAAAGGUUUUCGUAAUGUAAGUCAUUUGAAUAAAAAUGUGAAACGAUAUAGAUGGUAAUAAUAACUUAGAAUUUAUUGUUUUCAUUGCUGGUUCUAAACUAUAUAUUUAUAUUAAUGAAGUGUAUUUUUCCAACAGCUUUUUUUAAUUGUCUUUUAUGCCUCUAUUUUUCAUAUGUAUUCAAAAAUGAAUCUUUGAUAAUUGCUUUGAAAUAUGUUUUAAUACAUAAUCACAUAAUAACUAAUAAUAAUAAAUUUACCUAAUCUAAA